AUGCCCCAACAUUUUAUUGAAGCUCUGUAUAUUUUUGGAUCCCCGAAGAUGGGCUCAAAAGAUACUACUUCGGUUAAAGAUGGUAGUGUUGGUUUAGAAAAAUCGCUUACUUUAUUCAAUGGAGUUUCUAUCAUUGUAGGAUGUAUCAUUGGAUCAGGGAUAUUUGUGUCACCUACCGGUGUCCAGGAAAAAGCAGGAAGUGUUGGAAUGUCUUUAAUUGUUUGGAUAGCAUGCGGCGUUUUUGCUGCAAUUGGUGCAUAUUGUUAUGCCGAACUUGGUACGUUGAUCCAUAAGUCAGGUGGUGAUUAUGCCUAUAUAAUGGAAGCAUUUGGCCCAUUUUUAGCUUUUAUACGGCUCUGGGUUGAGGCAGUUGUAGAUCUUUUGCAUAAAAUUGAUUCCAUUUUUCCUGUCAUGUUUUUCGUCACCUACAAUUGCAGACCAUGUACGUGUACGGUCGUUGCACUAACUUUUUCGAUAUAUAUGUUGCGGCCAUUUUAUCCGCAUUGUGAUCCACCUGAUGGACUCCCCGCUUUGCUUGCAGCUUCCUUACUAAUUAUUUUAACGGCCAUAAACUGUAUGUCAGUGCGGCUGGCAACAUUUGUGCAGGAUUUCUUCACUGUUGCAAAACUUUUCGCAUUAUGUCUAAUAAUUGGUACUGGAGCUGUACUUCUAAUAUCAGGGAAGCCUCGGUACAGAGAGUCUUUCGAAAAUAUAUUUGAAAAUACCACUCCAGACAUUAGUACUUUAUCACUUGCAUUCUAUUCCGGUCUUUUUGCGUACCAAGGAUGGAAUUAUUUAAAUUUCAUUGUUGAGGAGUUGCAAAAUCCCAGACGUAAUUUGCCUCUGUCGAUUGCUAUUUCAUGUACUCUUUGUACAGUGAUAUUCACACUAACAAAUAUUGCUCUCUAUACAGUGAUUAGUCCAGAAGAAAUGCUAAAUAGUCCGGCAGUUGCAGUUGAAUUUGCGAAUAAAAUGUUUGGACCAUUUGCCUUUGUCAUGCCCAUCUUUGUCGCAUGCUCAACAAUUGGUUCAGCAAACGGAGUCAUCUUUACCUCUUCAAGAUUGUUCUAUGUUGGAGCACGAGAAGGGCAUAUGCCGUUAAUUUUAACAAUGAUCAACAAAAAAACCCGUACACCUAUUCCUGCUGUCAUUUUCACAGGAAUAUUAUCCAUAGCAUUUCUUGCCUUAUCAGGUAAUGUCUUUUCUCUCAUCAAUUACAUCCAAAUUGUUUAUUGGUUAGCGAUUGGAUGCGCCAUUGCAGCAUUAUUUUGGUUACGGAAAAAAAUGCCAGAUGCUGAGAGACCUAUCAAAGUUAAUCUUAUCUUCCCCAUAAUAUUCUUCCUUGGAUGUGCUGCUCUAGUAAUUAUUCCAGUGAUUGGUUCUCCCAGAGAUACAGCUAUUGGUAUUGGUAUAAUGCUUACUGCAGUCCCCAUUUAUCUUUUAUUUGUGGCAUGGAAAAAUAAACCAAAGUCUUUGUCGUUACUGUCAGAGAAGUUCACGAAAUUUAUGCAAAAGCUGUUCAUGGUUGUUGACGAUACUAAGAAAUCGUGA